AUGCUCGUGUACGUGUUGAGAGGCUCUGCAGGUGACGAUGAUGCGCAAAGAAUGGUCCGAUGUGUACUGUGCGUUGAUGCGACGGUCGUGAUGAGCGCAGAUGGGCGGUGUCAGGUGUGAUUGAGUUGCUGCCGCCUCUCUGGCUCCCUAUUCAAGUUGGCGGAGGCGGAAGCCCUGUUCCCAAGCUGGAGUCCAGCCAGCGCCCAAAGUCGUGGCACGUGAUUCUUUCUGCUUUUCCUGUCACUUCGUGAUAUGGCAGGUCAUGAAAGAGGUGGGAAUGAAUUGAUUGCCGAUCUAUAUUGAGCAGAGCGCUCUAUCUGGAACUGUAUGUCUCGAUGAGCCUUGUUGGUUGGGCAGCGACUGAGACAGCGCGCCUUCCCAUCGCAUCUUGCUCUCUCCGCUUGACUGUCCCGCAACUUUCCCCGUUCUAGCUUGACAUCUCAGCGACGACAUCUCCAACUCCAUUGACCCGCACGACUUCCAUUCUUUGCGCGCUCUCACUGACCAGCUAACCACACUAUUGCGCACGCUGCGCUUGAACGUAACCACACGAGCUCGUCAUGUGAGUGACUGCCAUGCGACUGAAAGAAGCAAUCGCUAACUCGACAUUGCAGGGGUGUCCCAUUCGAAGCUCUCCUCCCAUAUGCUAUCUGCGUCGGCGUACGAUAUCCAGUCCGACAUGGCUGCCGCAACGGGAACAUACUAAUCGCGAGCCUUAGUUCUUUGGCCUGAGUGGCGCCGGUCUCUCCAAAAUCAGACACAUGCAGAACGGCGGAAAGCGUGCAAGGCAUUCGGUGGAUCAAUGGGACAGACAGAGUAUGUAGGCCUGGACAACACUGGGGAAGACGUGCAGAACCAUACAGCCUUGGAUCGAGGACUGAUGUUUUACGUGCAGUGAUGGACCGCGACCGACGGCUCACGGGCUUUUUGCGAGGACAGACGGACAACCCGAAAGCACCGGCUGGCUUUGAGUUCAGCAACCCAUGGCGAGUACGUAUGACUCUGUGACGAGAUCUUUGCCCAGUACUGACGGUUCGCGCAGCUCGAGAAAGGCAUUUCAUGA